GCGUGCACGCUCUCUCUGUCGCGCGCAGCCAGCCUAUAUGUGUCGGUGGUCGCAGAGAGAGAGACAGUUGAGAGACAGACAGUUGAGAGACAGACAGCUGAGAGACAGACAGUUGAUGAGAGAGAGAAACAUCCAGCAGCUCCGUCAUCAACUGUCUAACAUCAACCAGACUGGUGACCUGAAGAAGAAGCUGAGCUGUAGAGACAAAACCAACUGUGAAGAUGUGUUGAUCGCCGCUGCAGAGCCCUGAAGACCAACAGAUACAGACAUGAUCCCUUUUUCUCCCUGAGGAACUGACCAAUCAGCAGUCAGGAUGAUGCCCAAGCAGCUGGCUCAGACGUCUCCAGGCAGCGUGUUGUCUCUGAGAGGCUCCAGCGUCCCAGGAUCCCCUGCUGCUGCCAUCGUGGCCAGGGUGGAGGACGGCAUUAUCGGCUAUAAGGACCUGGCAGCGUUACCGAGAGACAAAGCCAUCCUGGACAUCGAGAGACCAGAUCUGAUGAUCUACCAGCAGCACUACAGCUACAGUCCUCUGGAGAGGUCCUUGUCUCCUCGCUCCUUGUCUCCUCCUCCCUCCCCCGAGAAGGAGUCCAGGGAGUGGCUGGAGAACCGUUCUCCUGGAGGUUCCUCCUCUGGUUCCACCAUCCAGACCAGCAGAACUCACAGCACACACACACCACCCACACCUCCAACACCACACACACCACACACACCACACACACCACACACACCACACACACACUCCUCUGGUAACAAGAACUCCAUGCAGCACUUCCACCGGCCCGAAAAUGGCUCCAACAUCUAUAAGAAGCCUCCCAUCUAUAAACAAGAGGGUUGUGUGUCCUCUGCGCUGCCUCAGGGGAAACACAUCGAGGAUCUGAUCAUCGAGUCCUCAAAGUUUCCAGCCGCUCAUCCUCCAGAUCCCAACCUGCCCUCCAAGAUUGAGACGGACUACUGGCCCUGCCCCCCCUCCCUGGCUGUGAUUGAGAAGGAGUGGAGGAAGAAGGAUCAGAGGGAUGAAGAUGAGGAGGAGGAGGAUGGAGAGCUGGAUGAUGAGCUGUGGGGACUCAGAGCGCUUCAGAAACAAGAACUCAACAAGAUUCAGUCUAAUCUGGGUAAAAUCAUCCUGAAGGAGGAGUUGGAGAAAUCUGCAGCUCCUCUGAGGAGGAAGACUCGCUCGCUACCGGACCGCAGCCAACACGCCGGAUCCAACGCCUCCAGGUCCGUGUAUUUCCCAGCAUCCUCUAGGAGCGGCCUGUCCAGGGUGAGUCCUGCUGGACACAAACAGCCAAUCACAGCAGAGUUUACUGAAGACGGUGAUGAUGAUGAUGAUGAUGAUGAUGAUGAUGAUAAUGAAGGUGUUUCUGUUGGUUUUCAGCUGCAGUCAGCAGAGUUCAGCUCCUCAGAGAAAACUCCUGCAGAUCUUCAGAAUGGAGACUCCAGGAUGGACAGAGGGAACUCUCUCCCCAGCAUGUUGGAUCACAAGAUCUGUCCCUAUGAGGUUCUGGUGGUGACCCACAGAGGACGGAGCAAACUGCCCCCCGGUGUGGACAGAACCAGGCUGGAGCGCCACCUCUCUCAGGAGGAGUUCUUCAGUGUCUUCGGGAUGUCCAUCGAGGAGUUCGACGGCCUGUCUCUCUGGAAGAGGAACAACCUGAAGAAGAAGGUCUGUCUCUUCUGACGCCAACGUCCCCCUGCUGACCCUGAAGGCACCACGGACUCAUUAUUAUAUCAGCACCGCCAUCAUCAUCAUCAUCAUCAUCAUCACAGCCAGACGCUCAGCGAGACGUCUCGUUUGAUUCACAGUGAAGGUUUGAGUGGUUUUAGAUUCCUGCUGCACACGUCAACAACAAUCCUCCUGCUGUAGAGCACAACGUCUGCUUCAUAAGAUUCACUUUCUACACGUCUGUGGGGAACUUCUUAAUGAAGCCCUGAAGCUGCAGACUGAAGCUGCAGACUGAAGCUCUGAAGCUACAAACUGAAGCUCUGAAGCUACAGACUGAAGCUCUAAAGCUACAGACUGAAGCUCUGAAGCUGCAGACUGAAGCUCUGAAGCUACAGACUGAAGCUCUGAAGCUGCAGACUGAAGCUCUGAAGCUACAGACUGAAGCUCUGAAGCUACAGACUGAAGCUCUGAAGCUGCAGUAAAUAUUGUAAUAUUCCAGCUUCAGUCGGGCUGUAAAACAAACAUUCCUGCUGACUCUGAGUCAGUUUCAACACAGAUCUGAAGCUGACUGUAGGAAUAAACCUGUCAGCGUUCCUAUUGGCUUAGCCAGCUAUGAUGUCAUAAUGACAGCACCUCUUUCCCAGCACCUAAAAAGCAAAAACAAGGAGACGGUUUGAUCACAGUCUGAUGUUUAACAUCGUUUAACAGUUUAUAAAAGAGACACAAGAAGACUUUCAUUCAUUUCUUUAUAACUUUUGCUCCAGACCCUUUAAUCAUCCAGCCGUCUCCUCCUCCUGCAGUCGUCUUCAGCGGCGUAGGGGUCGGCUAAUCUGGUCCCGUUGGUUCAUGUUAACUUUCUCCACUCCCACUGGUGAUCCUGGAGAGUGAGUGACGGCACAUGUUGAGAGAAACUAGGAUUUUAUUCAGACAUUGUUAAAAAAAACAAGACAACAAUAGUUGCUAGUCAGCGUUAGCUAACGUGUUCAGAGAAUUAUUCUGCCUCCACU